AUGCCCAUCACCGACGUCGAGCGGGUAGUUUUUCUCGCGUACUUCAUUUCACACGUGCCCGCCACGGCUUUGAUCGAUUCGCAGGUCGUGUUACCGUCGAGACUCGUUCCAAAGUUUGCAAAGAGCGCACUGGCUUGGCACAUUCGACAAAAUAACGAUGUGUUAAUGUCGACCCAACCGCGAUGGCUCGUCUCGCUCGUGACGUGUGAGUUGGUGUUUCAGUUUCCGUUCUUCUUCUACGCCAUAUCGGCGCUGCGACGACGGGACGAGGGCGCUCGAGGGUGGUUGAUCGCCUACGGGGCGCACACGGCGACGACCAUGGCGCCGAUUUUACAGUUCAUCCACGACAGCGCUAAGCUGACAGCACGGGAGCGGUGGUCGUUGAUGGGGAUUUACGCGCCGUAUUUGAUCGUUCCGUUGUGGAUCGCGAUGCGAGCGCUCGGGAGCGGGCCUUUGUUCGCGUCGAAGACGAAGACGAAGGGACAAUGA